AUGUCUAGUAUUUAAGAUAUUUAAGGGUAGCCUGUAAUUGAUGAAAAAGCCAUACUAUAAAUGAUCGAUACUGUUUUAUCUUAACUUUAUUAGUUUUAGGAAUAAAAAAAUCAUAAUAUGAAGGUUUUGAUUUUAGUAGGAGUGACUGGCUCAGGGAAAAGUACAAUAUUCAAUCUCCUUGGUGGGGCUAAAUUUAAAUUGAUAGAAAGUGAAGAUGGAGUAGAAGAAUUAGAAUUAGAAGAGAUUUCCUAAGAAUUCUCAGUUAUGAAAGGAGGAAUGCAAUCUGUGACUAAAUAACCUAAGUACUAUUUUAACGAAGAAUUUAAUCAUUUGCUAAUUGAUUUUCCUGGAUUUUAAGAUACCAAUGGGGAAUUCGAUCAAAUUAUGAUAUAGAUGUUAUUUUAUAAAAUAUCCACUCAAUCAAAAGUUAAGAUAUUGUACGUAAUAAGACACCCUGAGCUAGAAUUUUAGGAUAGAGGUACAAAUUUGUAAGAGUUUGUAAGAGCGACAUUUAAAGAGCAAAGUAUUGGAAUUGAAAAUUUAACUUUACUACUAAAUGCUUUUAAUGAAGAAUAUUAUUCUGAUGAAGAAGUUAAAACAUCAGCAACUGAAUAAAUAUGUCAAUUAUACAAUACUAAUAAUAGUUUGAAUAUUAUAGUCCUUAGAAAAAUCAAUUCAGAGGAUGAUAUAGUGAAGUAAUUUUCUGAUGAAAAUAGAAGAAAAAUAUGGGAAGGCAUAAUUAAAUCAGAAGAAAUAAAAUUAUAACCAAUAGAAAUUCUACAUACAGAAAAAAUUAGCGCUUAUUUGAGUGAAAAAAGCUUCAAAUGUAUAGAAAAAGUGUGGUUAUAGGUUUAAUCAAAAUUAGCUUAAAAUUUAUAAAAAGCAUAAUAAAAUGAUUUAUCAAGACUAUAGAAAUUAAGAUCUAUGUUUGAAGAUCUAACCAAAAUAAAAAAAACUGACUAUGUAGAAUCGUUUGAAAAAUUUGUAUUUUCUUUAGGCAUUAUUGCUUAACAAUUAUGUUGUUCAUAAGAAGUAAAAUAUAAAAGAGAAGAAUUUUUAAAGAUUUAUUAAUUUUUUUAAUAAUUUUCAGAUUUAAUUAAUGGGUACUCUGAAUGCUAGAAACAUUCUAAUUUUGCUCGAGAUUUAUAAAAUGAUAUGAUAAGGAUGAUUGAAAAUAAAAUUGACUUCCUAAAAGAAGUUUAAAAAGUUGAAAAUACAACUGUGGAGAAGAAUUAGGAAAUAAAUCUUAAAAAUAAAGCCUUAUUAAGAGCAGAAUAUUCAAGAAAAUUGAAAAAACAAUACUAAUAAUAAUUAAGAUAAUUGGAAGCAGAAACUAAAUAGUUGAAAUAGGAGGUUAUUUCAUAAAGAUAUGAAAAAUAUGAAUUAGAAAAUAAAACUGCUUUAAUAUAAACUCAAUAUUAUAAAUUUAAAUAACAAAGCGAAUAAGAUUAAAGAAAUCUAGAUUAGAGAAUUUAGCAAGAAAGGAAUACUUAAUAUUAAAUAUAGAGAAUCUUCUAACAAAAACAAGAAGAACUAAACGACCUAAAAAAAAGGCAGUAAUAGCAAUUAAAUGCAAUUUAAGCUGCGCUAUAAGAAUAAGAAUAAAAGAAGAGAGGAAUAAUGAAUCAAAUAUCUUCACUUAAGAAGGUCUAAAAGAAAUUCGAAGUUAUAAUUCAAGCCUAACAAGCCAAGUAGAAUAUAGAUAGAAGGAAAUAAACUAAUUAAAAACUACCGUAAUUGCUCAUUCAUAUGACAGUGGUGGUGGAUGCCAACUGA